GAUCGCUCCGUUUUUCAAGGGAGGUAUUAUCAAGUGCUUAUCGACAGAGGUGACUGGAGUCAUAUGGGCUUCCCAGUUGAUUUAACUUCAUACUUGAUGGAUGGUACAACUCGCGGUGAAAAGCUUCUCACACUUAUUAACGAUAUCGUUCCUUUCACAGCUACCGAUAAGGAGCCCAUAGACCACGAUUUGUUCCAUAGAAUUUUCGAUGUCACUGAAGUAAACGAAGGAAAGGAAUACAAAAUUAGUAUGAAGACGAACCUCUUCGAAAACUAUAUGGCAUCACAACGAUCAUGGCUUGCUCCAAGAGAUGUCUACAGGGAAGUGACCGAAAACAUCGAAGUGACGGUAACGACGUUUUAUUUGGGAAGCAGCAUAAGCGGAGGACAACAAAGGCAUAUGUGGCGAUAUGUGAUAAGACUUGAAAAUCAUUCACCGGAAAAUGCUGUUACACUUCGAGAACGAUCUCUCAAGAUCUAUUCCCUCAACAAUAUGAAUCAAGCUCAUGGGCAUGGAGUGAUUGGAAAGCAACCGGAAUUGAAUGUUCAGAAUCCAGCAUUCCAAUUUAGUAGCACCGUUGAACUUACUCAUUCUAAAGGCGGUCAUAUGUGGGGUCGAUUUAAAAUGGAGCGUGAGAAUGGCUCGACAUUUGAUGUUGCUAUACCUACCGUUGUUCUCGAGUCGUUUGAUGAGAAAAAUCCUGCUAAUAUCGAGAAAACGGUCGACUAG